GUCGAUAAAUAAAAACAAAAGCUAUUCUUCCCUUUAAAUUAAUAUUGUAAAAAAGAGUUUGUAAAUGAUCAGUGAUGCUAAUCAUAUAAAAACUAAAUGGGUAGUUUUUUAUACCCUCGAUGCGAAAUGUAGAGCUGUGCUAAUUUAUAUUUGUAUUUUCCAUCGAAAAACAAAGGUUUUAAAAGAAAAGGGUGUGCUGUUUCUAAUCAAAAACCUAUACUUCUUAAAAAAAUAAGUGCAAAAUGGGUUUCUCUGCUUCACCUUGGAAUAUUUCUCACCAAGAAAACUUGGAAAAUUUGAAAAUGGAUUCCAACUUUGCUUGGUUGUUGUGUAGUUUAGUUUCUGCAAUAUUAUGGGUCAUAUACAUAACUUACUACAAUUCUAGAGUAGCAGGAUAUAUUAUUACAAAAAUAAUGAAUAAAUUUUUUAUUCGAGGCGGAUAUUUUAAUAUAGGAUCAUUCACAUUAAAUGCACUUUCUGGUAAAAUUAUGUUUCGAGAUAUUUUCUACAUAACGCAUGAUUAUACUAUUAGAAUUCAGGAUGGCUAUUUAAUAUUUAGAUGGUGGAGAUCAUAUGUUCCUAAAGAUGUCAGUGAAGAUUUAUCUCAUUCUGAUACACGUUUAUCAGUGGUUUUAAAUGGAUUUGAGCUGCAUGUUUAUAACAGAUCAGAUAUUUAUGCACGCUUGGAAAAAAUAUUUGGCUUGGAACCCGGUCUAUUUCCUGAUUAUGGUGGACCUGAUAAAGAUACUUCUCCAGGAAAUACGAAAGCUGGAAAUGAAACAGAACGACAAAUUGCUUCAAGGAAACAAAGGUCUGAAGCAGCUAUGGCUAGAACAUGGAGAGACUUAAUACCUGUUAUUAAAAUGGAUGUCUCAUCUAGUCGUGUUGUAUUCGGUAAUAGACUCAUUCCAACCACCAUGAGUAUUGCCUUAGAAGAAUCGCAUUUUGUUUAUUCUACGAAACCUGCUGUCUGCACACUAGAUCGUUUUAUGCAUUUUGUCAAAUGCAAAGCCGAAAAUGUUAGGGUAAUGUUAGCUCCAAGUCCGAAAUAUACAGGUAUGCUCGAUGAACCACCCAGGUUUAUGGGUGAAGGAUUCGUGAUGAUGUCGUCGAAUGAUAUGGAACUCUACUUUUACAUGGACGAGCCAGGCCUAGUCCCUGAGGAGCCUGUCCAUGUUGUGUUAGCAAAUGGAGAUGUUGUCGAAUCUAGUCCGCCCAUGUGGGGGGUUGAUAUUAAAUGUGGCAAAGGUACCGAUUUCAGUUAUGGUCCUUGGGCAGACCGUCAAAGGGAGCACUUGUACAAGUUUUUUUACCCUACGGACUAUUUGCCCAUGGAGAUAACUAAAACGCCAAAACCUGGGGAAAAGCGCCAAAUGCAAUCUUUCGACAUACGAUUAUCACUGCAAAAUGAAUCAACAAUCGACAUACUUUUCACUAAAAAUAAGGAAACUAACGCGGUACAUAUUAACGUAGGAGCCGGUAGCUAUUUAGAAAUCACAAUACCAUGGGUUGUUCACCAAGAUGGUUUUACAACUAAAAUAAAUGGACAAUUACUCCAUCUUGAAUCUACGACUAGCUUACAAUUUAGAGACUUAUUGUCAAGUGAAACUUUGGAAUUUUGUGUAUUAUGUCAUUACCCCCUCAUUUGGAACGAACAUCAGCUGUGGGAAUUGAAUUUAACCGGUUGUAAAGCAUCACUAAGUUUGAUAUUUGCCCACAAAUGGUUCUUUCAAGAUCUAGUAAAUGACUGGGCAUCAAAACAAAGACCCGAUAUUUUACAUUUCCUUCCUUAUACUUGGCGCUUGGGAUUGACUUUAAAACAUUGCGAAUUGACAACAUUAAUUAAUCAAUACAAUUGGAUAGAUUGUAGCAGUGUUGGUCAAAGGCAAAGGCUUGAGCAUACUCAGUUAGCCCUUUGUGCUCAUUUCUUACAUCUAUCGUUUGAUCUUCCCUUUGACGAAUUUUUACCUGAAACUGUGCCACUCAAUUUCAGCAUUCAAGGUGAAAGUAUAGACUUGAGUCUUUUCAUUCCUGAAUUCCACACUAGUCGUAAUGUUAUGCUAUCCUUACAAAAGAAUGCUAAGGUCCUUUCGAAAGAUGGAUCCAUGACUAAAAAGACUGAGAUAAUACCAAAAUGGAGAAACAUCUGUCAUCAAAGCUCGGGAUGGGUUGAUUUUUGGUGGGUACCAAUUGGGGCGAUUAAUAUUUCAUACGUGUAUCAUCCAUGUCCACCUCUGGGUCCCAUGCCCCAAGCUGACAUUUCAACACCAGUAAAAGAAGAACUUUUGCUGUCUCCAAUUCGGUUUCCUCACAAUUUGAGAGUUCAAAGGCCAUCGGGGGAUGGCGCUCAUCAUUUCGAUCCGACUAUUUUAAAAGCAGAUAAGGUAGGAGUGGAGCUUGAGAUAGGCCCUUCGGUUUUCUUGCUUUACGGCACUGCCAUAAGAAACUUUCUGAAUUUCAAAGAAAACAUAUUUGGGGAAGAUCAAAUGUUCAAAGACAUGCAGCGUAGCAACUCUCCUCCCGAUGAAAAAGACGCUGAAUCUGCUGACUUUGUUCCAUUGGAACUGAGAGAAGAUUUCGAUCAUCGUUAUUACAGACCAUUUGAUGUUGACGUAUCAAUAAUUAUGCACGAUGUACAAGCACAUUUGCUAAAGAAUUGUACAGAAAAUGAUCCACCUUGUCCAGUAAUUUUGAUCGAACGUUUUGGAUUUGAAAUGAAAAAACGUUACGAUCAAACAGAAUUGCAAUUAUUGGUCAGUCCGUCAGUACUACUCGUUUCGGACAACAUUAAUCGUCCUUCAAGGGAAAAACAACUCAGUCAAGGAAAAGUCACUUUGUCUGCUUUACAGGUGAGAGGUCACGCCAUGUUCUCGGACAUAGGAUGUCAAUUGGAUGAAGAUACUAUAGAGUACGCUUGGCUUCUUGAAGCACAAAUGGGAAAACUAACUGGCAAAUUAACUGCUCCUCAACUCUAUUCCCUCAUAGUAAGCAUGGAAACGUUGAUACUCCUGAUCGAUGAUGAUGAAAAUGAGUUGAACUCACCGAAAAACAUUUCUGCAUUGAGUCAAUGUCAGAAUUCGACGAAACCCAAAGUCACUCCUCAGAACAUAUCUCAAAAUGUCCAGCAAACUAUUCAGCAGUUUUUACAGAAUAAAGGAAGUGGAGUUGUAUCGAUAAACAAGUCUAAUCCAGGUCAUGGGGCAUCCGCAACGGGAACAGCAUCGAUCAAAGGAGAUUUCGCUGAAAGGAUUAACAGAAGUAUGAGGAAAAGUGAUUCGGAAAAACUAAAGCGCAGUGAAAGUAUUAAUAAAGAAAAGAGUGCCGUGAAGGCCGGUGGCGGAGAUAAAGUUGAUAAGGAAGAAGAAGAGGUUCAGUAUGAUCCUCAUAAGCUGAAGUACAAAUUUUGUCGGCUGGCUGUCGACUCAGUAGAUUUUUGGUUGGUAGAAUGUGGAACUGCUUUGGAAUUGUGGGUAAGCCUAGUUCCUGAGGAGCCUGUCCAUGUUGUGUUAGCAAAUGGAGAUGUUGUCGAAUCUAGUCCGCCCAUGUGGGGGGUUGAUAUUAAAUGUGGCAAAGGUACCGAUUUCAGUUAUGGUCCUUGGGCAGACCGUCAAAGGGAGCACUUGUACAAGUUUUUUUACCCUACGGACUAUUUGCCCAUGGAGAUAACUAAAACGCCAAAACCUGGGGAAAAGCGCCAAAUGCAAUCUUUCGACAUACGAUUAUCACUGCAAAAUGAAUCAACAAUCGACAUACUUUUCACUAAAAAUAAGGAAACUAACGCGGUACAUAUUAACGUAGGAGCCGGUAGCUAUUUAGAAAUCACAAUACCAUGGGUUGUUCACCAAGAUGGUUUUACAACUAAAAUAAAUGGACAAUUACUCCAUCUUGAAUCUACGACUAGCUUACAAUUUAGAGACUUAUUGUCAAGUGAAACUUUGGAAUUUUGUGUAUUAUGUCAUUACCCCCUCAUUUGGAACGAACAUCAGCUGUGGGAAUUGAAUUUAACCGGUUGUAAAGCAUCACUAAGUUUGAUAUUUGCCCACAAAUGGUUCUUUCAAGAUCUAGUAAAUGACUGGGCAUCAAAACAAAGACCCGAUAUUUUACAUUUCCUUCCUUAUACUUGGCGCUUGGGAUUGACUUUAAAACAUUGCGAAUUGACAACAUUAAUUAAUCAAUACAAUUGGAUAGAUUGUAGCAGUGUUGGUCAAAGGCAAAGGCUUGAGCAUACUCAGUUAGCCCUUUGUGCUCAUUUCUUACAUCUAUCGUUUGAUCUUCCCUUUGACGAAUUUUUACCUGAAACUGUGCCACUCAAUUUCAGCAUUCAAGGUGAAAGUAUAGACUUGAGUCUUUUCAUUCCUGAAUUCCACACUAGUCGUAAUGUUAUGCUAUCCUUACAAAAGAAUGCUAAGGUCCUUUCGAAAGAUGGAUCCAUGACUAAAAAGACUGAGAUAAUACCAAAAUGGAGAAACAUCUGUCAUCAAAGCUCGGGAUGGGUUGAUUUUUGGUGGGUACCAAUUGGGGCGAUUAAUAUUUCAUACGUGUAUCAUCCAUGUCCACCUCUGGGUCCCAUGCCCCAAGCUGACAUUUCAACACCAGUGAAAGAAGAACUUUUGCUGUCUCCAAUUCGGUUUCCUCACAAUUUGAGAGUUCAAAGGCCAUCGGGGGAUGGCGCUCAUCAUUUCGAUCCGACUAUUUUAAAAGCAGAUAAGGUAGGAGUGGAGCUUGAGAUAGGCCCUUCGGUUUUCUUGCUUUACGGCACUGCCAUAAGAAACUUUCUGAAUUUCAAAGAAAACAUAUUUGGGGAAGAUCAAAUGUUCAAAGACAUGCAGCGUAGCAACUCUCCUCCCGAUGAAAAAGACGCUGAAUCUGCUGACUUUGUUCCAUUGGAACUGAGAGAAGAUUUCGAUCAUCGUUAUUACAGACCAUUUGAUGUUGACGUAUCAAUAAUUAUGCACGAUGUACAAGCACAUUUGCUAAAGAAUUGUACAGAAAAUGAUCCACCUUGUCCAGUAAUUUUGAUCGAACGUUUUGGAUUUGAAAUGAAAAAACGUUACGAUCAAACAGAAUUGCAAUUAUUGGUCAGUCCGUCAGUACUUCUCGUUUCGGACAACAUUAAUCGUCCUUCAAGGGAAAAACAACUCAGUCAAGGAAAAGUCACUUUGUCUGCUUUACAGGUGAGAGGUCACGCCAUGUUCUCGGACAUAGGAUGUCAAUUGGAUGAAGAUACUAUAGAGUACGCUUGGCUUCUUGAAGCACAAAUGGGAAAACUAACUGGCAAAUUAACUGCUCCUCAACUCUAUUCCCUCAUAGUAAGCAUGGAAACGUUGAUACUCCUGAUCGAUGAUGAUGAAAAUGAGUUGAACUCACCGAAAAACAUUUCUGCAUUGAGUCAAUGUCAGAAUUCGACGAAACCCAAAGUCACUCCUCAGAACAUAUCUCAAAAUGUCCAGCAAACUAUUCAGCAGUUUUUACAGAAUAAAGGAAGUGGAGUUGUAUCGAUAAACAAGUCUAAUCCAGGUCAUGGGGCAUCCGCAACGGGAACAGCAUCGAUCAAAGGAGAUUUCGCUGAAAGGAUUAACAGAAGUAUGAGGAAAAGUGAUUCGGAAAAACUAAAGCGCAGUGAAAGUAUUAAUAAAGAAAAGAGUGCCGUGAAGGCCGGUGGCGGAGAUAAAGUUGAUAAGGAAGAAGAAGAGGUUCAGUAUGAUCCUCAUAAGCUGAAGUACAAAUUUUGUCGGCUGGCUGUCGACUCAGUAGAUUUUUGGUUGGUAGAAUGUGGAACUGCUUUGGAAUUGUGGGUGUCACCUAUUCGAUUAUCAACAUGCAAUUUGCAUGGAAAACAAGUAGGAUCAGGACUUAGUUGUGUUAUUUACAGCAUGUCUUUAAGACAACUUAUGUGGCAGCAAAAUAAAUACAGUCAUUCUAAACAAAACUCCGAUAUUUCCGAUUUGUGGUUGGAAGUGGGUGCGGUCAAUUUUGGACCGUUGAUUGUGGAAUCUGCGAUAUCUUCGGAUGCAAAGAAUCAGAAUUUGCACAUGGUACAACAAAAGUUCUUAAAAAUGCACGAUGAACGUUAUAAAAAGUUGUGGUUUCUUUGGCCCGAGCUUAACAAAGCGAUUGAUAAAUGCGGGUGUAUAGGGGGAUGUACUUUCUUUGGAAAUAACAGAAAUGGUGAACGCUUUUUUAAACCAAGCAGGAAGGAUUUGGAAGAGGGAUACAACGUUGCAGCAUUCUGGUUAUUUAUCCUGGCUUUUGGAAGAUUUUGUCGUAAAACGAACAAUAAAAAACAGGUUCAAAGGACGAUAUCGAUAUGUAGUGAAAAUCAGUCGGAAGCGUUUUUCUCUGCGGAUGAAGAAUUUCACAUCAAUUCAGGAAGUUCGAGUUUGAGAAAUUCGAUUCUGGGUUCAAGGGCGACUCUUACAAAGCAAGAUAGUAUGAAUACUCCACCAUCAAGUGGUAAGAAAUAUUCGAGUGAAUUAAGUAUAACUGAACGACCGCCGAUACAUGAAAAAAGUCAACAAAGUUCAAGUGUUCCUUCAUCAACUGUCCCUAAAAGCAAACUGAUCUUGCCAAGUCACAGGAGCGAUCAUGAAAUUCAUACUCCCGAACAUCGAAUUAUUUCUCAUUACAAACAGCUUGACGAUUCCAAUCGGACGGUAAUAGGUUUGGUGACACCUCAAAGAUAUCCCAGUAGUAAUAGAUCUGUGAGUCCCCGAGUAUCGGACCGAGAAUGUCCUAGCGGUAGUCCGAGCGUUCACACGUCGUUUUUCGAAAAUGGUCUAACCGACACAUCCUCCAGCGAAAGCCUAAGCAAUGCUUCUUAUGCAUCAGCAGUAGGAAGUCAAGAGGAUUUGACUUUGAUAGAUCUGCACAUGCAAGUCAAUAGGCAAAUUAUGGACUCACCAAUGCUCAUGUCCAGUUACGUUAGUUGCCUUACUCAGGUUCGUUGUUCAAAUUGGACCCAACCAAAGGGUUCUGAAUCCUUUUCAGUCCCUUUGUUUCAGAAGAACGCAAGUGGUAAACUUGUUUACAUUGGAGGAAAAUUUGUCCCAGUUACCGAAGUAAUUUCUGAAGGUUUGACUUCAUUCAAAAUGGUCACUAGAUCGGACUAUCCGGAGUCUCCGUUGGUUACUGGACGGACUCCCACAUUUCCGUAUGGAUUUGUGUGGGACCAAAACAUUGAAGAAAUACAAUCAGAAAUAGAUACCAGUAAUCUACAAGAGGAAGAACUUUUGGGUUCCCAAAACGAUGUUGAUUCGAGAAUUUCUGUUAUCAUUAAAUUAAAAGGUGAUUUAGAUGUGGCAGUUAGUCCAUUGUUGUUGGAAUCUCUACAAAGAUUUGUGGAUUCUUUGAGCCCUAUUCUAGCAACUUUACAUCCAUCCACUGUCAUUGACCAUUUACACGCAUCUUGCAUAGGUCAAGUCAAAAAAUGUAACAUUUUGAAAACAACCGAAAAUAUUCUGAAAUUACGUCAAGCAGAAAAGGAGGGUCGUGUAGAAUCUGGAGACUAUGAAGAAACCAUUACGUCACAACUUCAAGCAGCAAUAUUUUUACCAAAAAUUCGCGAAGUACUUCAAACAUUUCAUAGACCUGCUGUGGUUCAAAUGGGUAACAAAAAGGGCUUGACCAAAGCAAAGGCGUUCCUUUUGGGUCAGCAUACUCACACUAUUGGAGACAUAGUUCGUGGUGAACCAGUUUCUAUAGAAAGUUGCGAGAAGCAACAAGAGCAACUGGUGGUUUGUUUAAAUAUAGGAAAAGUUCAUACUCAACUUAGACGUUUGAAAAACGAAAGUUCUAUUUUGGACGAUGCUGUCAUUACUGCUAUACCCAAUUAUUAUUCGAAAGUCUUAUUUACGUCCAUGAAAAUUGGACCCAUGCAUAGGGGUGUCGAUUAUUACAUGCAACCAGUUAAAAAUGAACAAACGUCCCAACAGCCUGAAAUUGAUGACGAAGAAAAACUGGGCUUCAUAAUGUUUGAAUGUGGAUUUGAAGGUAUCAAUUUAAAGGUGGUGAACAAGUCGACCACAGAACAAGGUCCAGUAAAUGGGGAACUCAAUCCCGAAAUUUCCGAAGAUACCAACAGUGCAACUGUGGCUGAUCAUCCACCGAAUGAGACCCCGAGAAUUUCUAAACCAGCACCAAAAGUCGGGGAACAAACCAAACCUGUCCCAACACAGGACCAGAAAACAAAGAGUGAGAGAAAUUCGCAAAGUUCUAAAACAGCUACAAAAACCCAGUCUAACGUGAACGAAAAUACAUUAGAAACGGGAAAUAUUAAAGAAAAGCCAGAAAAUGUUGAAGAGUUGAAGCUGAAAGCGGUUCAAUGCGUUCCCAAAGACAGUGGCAACAUUUCUUCGUGUAUUAUAGAACUGAAAACUGUUUGGUUUAAUUUUGCAGCGCCCCCUAGAACACCAAUUACGAAGAAAAUUGAUUAUACAAGAUUAGAUUGGAAUUUAUUGAGUACUGCUUCUCCAGCAAUAAAUGCUUGGCUAAAUCCAAGUAAUCGUUUUGCGAUAAGGUUAGUUAAUUUAUUGAGAAAUGCAUCCCGAAGGUCAACCGCUGUUGUUGCCUGUUUAAUGGCAGAAGCAUUGGACAUGCAAGGAAUUCACAUACCAACGAGGAGUCGUUAUAAUAUUUUAACACCUCUCGCAAAAACUUUACAAGAGGAUCCUAGUUGUCAACUUUGCGUUAUCUUGCAAAAGUAUAUUUUGCAAACUGAUAUGUCAGCUAUAGAGAGCAAUUUAAAAGAAACUGAUAUACCGCAUUUGUCUACACUUCGGCAGGGGGUAAUUGUGCUGAGUCGUCAAUGGAAAAACAUUUUACAUACACCACUUCUGUUAGAACCCAACCACAAGUCUAAAGUGAAGCCCUUGAAUGUUACAAUUGCUGUACCGGAAGUGGAAGAGGAUAUUUGUCUAACAGACGGGGAAGCAAGUGGGAAUGACGAAGGUGAUAUUACUGACGAACACGCUAUGCUGUUGCACACUGGCAUCAUUCUUAAACCACACUCGCAAAAAAGCGUUGGUUUAUCAGCGAAAGAUUUCAAGCUUCCUUCGACAUCUCCGAGAAUCAGUGGACCGGAAUCGUUGCUUUCCCCGCAAGUUGCAGUUGUUUCGACUGGUAUAGAAAGUAUUUUAACUUCUCCUAGUCCACCAGUACCCCAGCGUAGACGUAACAAAACUUUACAAGCAACAACAUUACCUUCCAGUACUAGAGCAAGCGUGGUAUUUCCCUUAUUAACCAACGCUAAUUUGUUUUCUCAAAGAAGAACUAAUGAUGACCUUUGUUAUGGUACAUUGAAGGAGGACAGAACAAUAGUAAAUUUAGGUUCAGACCAGAGUGUUUUUACUCAUUCAAGUCCCGAUUUGCCAUCGAGUCCUUUACACAGGAAUAUCAAUCAUACACGUUCCACUGAGGAUCUCUACAGCUGGAUGGCCAAACAGGACAAGUUAGGAAAGCAAUUAGAGAAUAUUGGUUCUCUCAAAGGUUUUAUGGAAUCAAAAAUUGACACUUUACAAACUGACUCGUCUGGUGAAGCACCUGGAGAAGAAGACGGAUGCGUUGCUUUGUACCCUAUGCAAGACUCUUUACAAUUAUUAGAUGCCCAUUUUAUAUUUCAGCCCCUUCUCUCUAGCCUGGGUGUAAUGUCUAAACAGUUAGUAACUACAUUAACCGGUUCAUCCAGUGCCGGAAGUAAUCCGACCUCUUUGGAUGCUUUAGGAUCUAAUUUAUCAUUGGUGGGUCAUAUGGAUACAAUGAGAAUAGACAUUGUGGUAUCCGAACAUGGAAAGAGCGAUAAAAAGAAAGGAAAGGGUAAAUCUAGGACGCGGUUGACUGUUGAAAUAAAUACAGAUGAAUCAUCUGCUUUCACGUGCGAAAAAGUUUCAGUAGGGGUCGAAGUCGAUAGAAAAGCAGACGUAACAGUAAAUGACAUGAUAAAAGCAAGAAACGUACUUUACAUAUCGCGUGGACAAUUGAAAAAACACACAAGCACCGUGUUGCAUUUCAAUAUUGAGGUCAAAUUUAUAACACAGAGGGUAAACAUGCCCCUCCUUAGACUUCUCCAUCAGAUCAGCAACAUGUAUCAAAACGUAAAGGAUACUCAGAAUGAGUUACGCAAUCAGCAACCUGUUGAAAUUCGACCUCCAAAGUCAAGUGUGAGCGAUCACACUGACUUGAAACACCAAUCAAGCACCUCAGAUAUUCAAGAGAUAAAUGUCAUUGGUGGUGGUAAAUCCAAAACGUCUGAUGUCGGCUCAGUGACAUCACAGAUAAAACCGACUGUCUCACCAUCUCCUAGCAUCAGGUCAAGACCUCAAACGUUUACUCUAAAACUCAGAUCGACUGGAAAAAAUGUGAAGGGCUACGUGAAUUUAAAUGAAGGGGUUGGAACGCCGGCAUUCACUAGCAGCCCUUCUGGAUCGGCCCUGGAUCAUAUAUCCCACGUGUCUUCAGAAAGGGGAAGCACUGGUACAGGAAAAUGCUGGAAAACCAUCUAUCACCUGUUGGAUUUGUAUGCAGCCAUGCCAGACACUAAAACUAUCACUCACAGAUUUUCUAUGGCUACGGGAGAUAUUUCCGAAUACUAUAAGGGUAACAGAAAGUAUGACAUCCUGACUGANCAUCUAGAUGUUAUAUCACGUCUGUUCAAAAAUUUGAUUGAAUUUUUCCAAAAAGUUCCAUUUUUGUUAUUUCCUCUAUUUAAAAAUUUAUUUCAAACAUUCAGACAAUCAUCCCUGCCAACUGCAAGUUCUGAACUCAGUCUUCCUGAAGGAAACUUAGACUGGGUAAGCCAUUUAAACGUGGACGGAGAAAAGGUGGAACUCCGUAAAAAAUUGCCCACUUCUCAUGAGUUUGAUGAAGGAUCAUCUUUUAUUGGCUCCUUUACGAGAGAUCAACACUCAACAUCAAAUAUCACUCAAGGUGGUUUGAGUCAAACUUCAACUAGCCAAAAGCAGCAAGAACCCAACAUUGACUUGGAACUCGAUGUAAAAGUGUUUAUAAAUAGCGGGAAGUGCGUUCUUCAUACGAAAGACAGCACAAAAGAAGAAGAAAUAAAGAUGAAUCGGAUGAGGAAGGAUAGAAGCUGUUCAGCUGGGCUUCUGGAGUUUCCGGUUCCCGCUGGGAGUCCUGAUACUUCUAGAAGAAAUAAGGAUAAACUUACUGCAACUGCUAGUUCUUCUAGAUUAAGAAAUACUCCACAUAGUACGUCACUCGUUGAUUUAACUAUAUUUCAUAUACCAGGAAUGGACGUUAAACUACAUUAUCAGUCAAAAGUGAUUCUGGAUGAUGUUGAAAAUGGCAAUCAAACUGCAUCUGAACCUUUUUCACCGCAAUCUCCCGAUUUUUCUCAAUCAUUUCCUCCAAGAGGCUUUGGUGAUUCGUUUUCACCGAAAACUACCCAAUCUGAAGAAGAAAGAAUUGAAAACGCAUUUAGAAGACACGAUUUCAGAAAUUCUCCAGUGGAAGCCACAAAUGGAACUAAGGACGAACCCCAUUCAUCUGGUGAUUAUGCAGUGGCAGAUCUCAAACGUUCUGCGUCUUCUCAUGGUAUUUCCAACCCCAACUACGCCUGUACUCCAUCAUCUUCCAGCAGAAGUAGCGAAGACAGCAUGCCUCAGUUUCAAAUGAGUGUGACACCCCCUCAUGGAAUGUACAUGGUGUCAGGUGCUGGAGGGUUGGGCUUUAAAAAAUCGGGAGUGAAAAAAGCCAGCUUGUUCGCUUGGAUGACGUUACAAAGCAUUCCUGAAGAAACCAUCAUAAGCCCGCACAUUCUGGAAUUCUUGGAACAAACUCUUGAACCCAUACCAGCCAAAACGAAUUUUAACACCACAACCAAUACGUCUUUGUUAUCUGACCAAGACGCUAUAAAUUAUGGUCAGUACGUGUAUGCCAGUUUUCCUGUAGAUGUUAUCGUCUACUUCCACAUGCAGCCCAGCACGUUUCGGUUCAGUUGCCUUCCCGUCUCAAGAGUGGAGUGCAUGCUGCAACUUCCCUCUCUCGAUAUAAUUUUCAGUUCUAAAAGGGCCGAAGAUGAACUUUUACAGAGUGAAUUUGGUGACGAUACUCCCAACACUGCCGCAUCUGCCGUGGGUGGGCUUAGUGUUACUGGAUGUAUGUCUGACUUUUCGGUUUAUAUUUUUCAUCCCUACGGUGGUAAAAAGUCCGCUUUGAAAGAAGCGCAAUGGUCACCAUUAUCGGACAGUGAAAGAAAAGAUUCAUUAUCAAUAAACGUCGAGUUCGUCAAGUUCCAUUUGUCAAGAUCGAGAAUGUUAAAUUUUCAGCAAGAAAAUUUAAAAGGAAAACUGGGAUCAGACCAAAGCCGAGCAGUUAUACGUUUUUCAAGUAAGUUCACUUUAAUUUAUCUAAAAGUGGAUCGAUUCCCAUCACUGGAGAAAGAAAAAAUUGAUGGCAACAACUCAAUGGAAAGGAAUCGAGGAGGACAAAAGUUGGUUGAUCCAAAUCAUAAUCGAGAAGUGAUAUUUGCACUUCCUAGUCUUCAAAUACACCUCAAGACUGAACAUUUACAAAGUUUUAGUAUUCCCGAUUUAUCAGGGGAAAAACCGGUUGUGGAAUGCAGUUUUAUCACAGAAUUCGAAGAUCACAUUUUUGUCACGGUGGAUGCUGAAGCGUUCUUUUUCCUUCACGAUCUGAUUACGUCAUAUUUGCAAGGAAGAGAAAAACUGAUGAGUUCCUAUAUGGAAAAACGUGUGAGCAUAGACGGUGACAAAUCCAGUCCAGUCAUGUCUUCGUCAUCUUCAACGAGCAGUCAAUCGUCUCAAGUCAAAAAAAUAUACGACGAUCCUUUCACGAAAGACUGGCGAAAUUUCAGUUGCAAAACGUGGCACCUUGAGCCCACAGUUCGUUUGCUGAGCGUUGCUGGGAAAUACAUAGAACCAUAUGGUAUCGAUUACAUUUUGCAGAAGUUAGGAUUUUCGCACGCGAGAGUCACCAUUCCAAAAUGGCUACAGAGAGGAUUCAUGGACCCGCUGGACGCCAUAUUGGCCGUUCUUACGCUCAAUAUGGUCGUUAUUAUCAAAGGAGAUGGGCAUGGAAAUAAAAUUAAAGAGAGAGAAGAUAGGAAUGAAACUAAGAAGUAAUAUGUACACAGAAGGUACUAAAACCAAAAAAUUACUCUCUUGAAGUAGGUAAAUAUUUACUGGAUUGUAAUAAUAAUAAUUCAUUAUAAAUGCGUGUUAUUAUGUGACAAUUUACAUUUAUAAAUGUGUGAUAACUGUGUUUAUUCGUUUAAAAUCGUAUUUAAAUGUAUUUAGGUUGGUAGAUAUAAUAUAAAAGAUAUUACAAUUAGGUAGGCAUGUAGAAAAAUGGCUGUUAGUAGUUUCUUUUCAUUUAAAUUUAUCGAAUGGUUAAUACUUACGUUAAAUAAAAUUUUAUAGAUACCU